UACUAAUGGCGGCUGACGUGACAGAAUUGGAUGGCUUGCACGAAACUUCAUAUGUGUUUGUUCGUGUGCUUGGGAGAGGUGCAUUUGGCGAAGCCGUCCUCUACCGAAAGACAGAGGACAAUAGUUUGGUUGUAUGGAAGGAAAUCAACCUGGCCAGACUAAGUGAGCGGCAGAGGCGUGAUUCUCAGAAUGAAAUUGACGUACUCUCCUUUCUGAAUCACGCAAAUGUUGUGUCUUACUACAACCACUUCAUUGAGGAAGAUACACUCUUCAUUGAGAUGGAGUAUGCAAAUGGUGGAACUCUGUAUACCAAAAUUUCUCACCAGACAAAGUUCUUUUCUGAAGAUGUUGUCUUGUGGUACCUAUUCCAGCUUGCAUCAGCUUUGGCACACAUACACCAGUAUGGAAUUAUUCACAGGGACAUCAAGACGCUGAAUAUCUUUCUUACUAAAAUGGACCUGCUUAAACUAGGAGACUUCGGAAUUUCCAAAAUCCUGGAAACUGGUGCCCAGGCUCAGUCUAUAGUCGGAACACCUUAUUACAUGUCUCCAGAACUCAUGAAAGGAGAAACGUAUGACUUCAUGUGUGACAUCUGGGCUCUUGGCUGUGUUCUCUACGAGCUGCUGACACUCACAAGAACUUUCCAAGGAUCAAAUCCACUAAAGCUGGCAUACGACAUUGUGUUGACAGAUCACAAAGGAAUUGAUUCAAGUCAGUACUCUACAGCUAUCAGCUCUCUGCUCAACGACAUGUUGAAGAAAAAUCCACCUGAAAGACCCACGGCAGAAGAUGUGUUAAAGAAUCCACUUUUUACAAAUUCCAAAGAACUUGAAGAGCGAGUCUGGAGACUGAACUCUCAUGCACGCCGAGCACGGCAGUCGGCCAUUUCUGUUUGUGACUCGGUGCCAGUCGUGGAGUCCAAGAUGUGUGAGGUGUAUCAGUGGGGUGGGGGUAAAAGAACACCACAGAAGCUGGAAAUGUUUACACGAGAAAAGAGUCCGAUUCAGGUUGCUGCUGGUCAUUCCCAUUUUGCUGCCAUCACAUUUGAGAAGGAGCUCUUCACAUGGGCGAAUGUUCACGGAGACACUGCUAUUGUUGGACAGCUUGGUCACGGUGAUGUGGCGUCAUACAAGGCUCCCAAGAGAGUUGAUGCUUUACUAGAGAACUCUGUGGAGCAGGUCUCCUGUGGGGAAGACUUUACUUUGUGUGUCACAGAUGAGGGAGCCGUAUUUGCGUUUGGUUCAAACUAUUACGGGUGUCUCGGCUGUAGGAAUGAGGGUCAGGAGGAAAAGUUGUCUCCCAUACCGGUGAACUUCUUCGCGGAUAUUCCUGUACGAGAAGUGUCUUGUGGAGACGCUCAUGUCGUCGCUUUAACAAAACGUGGACACGUGUAUACCUGGGGCUGUGGAGAGUUCGGAAGACUAGGUCUUAAUUCAGAGGAGAGUUUUAAUUUUCCUCAAAAGGUAGCAAUUCCUGGCAAGCAUGAAGUGAAACAUGUAUGUGCAGCAUCUGAUGGAUCAUUUCUAGUCUCGGCUAAUGGCCGCCUGCUGGCAUGUGGCAGCAAUGAACACAACAAACUGGGCUUCAAUUCUAAAACAUCUGGACUUAGAAAGAGAAAGGCUCAGACAUACGACAUCCCAUGUAAAUACACGUUCACCACGGUCAAACCACUAAGUCAGUACAACAUUGUGUCAGUGGCUGCAGGGAAAACACACGCUGCGGUUGUUGAUUUGUAUGGUUACUUGUUCACGUUUGGGUCAAACAAGCACGGCCAGCUGGGUCAGGGUGACUUCCGAAGACACGAGGCUGCGAGUCGCGUGGGCGGGGUUCUGACCGGUCAGAGGGUCGAGAAGGUGGCGUGUGGUGACGGAUUUACUGUCAUAUCCACCACUGAGAACCAGAUCUAUUCAUUUGGAAAUGGUGAGAGUGGGCGACUGGGUGCUGUGUUUGAGCAGGGUAAGGGACCGAACGGCCAGUGUACUGCUCGUCCCAGGGCUAUCUUCGGAUCUCUGCAUCUCGUGGCGUCCAUCUCGUGUAGACACUGGAACACUCUUCUCAUUGCUGAAAAGAUUUUAAAUCAGAAAACACUGAAGACAAGGGUGUCAUCUCCAAAAUGGAGAGCCUGUGUGCCAGUUGUGAGUUUGCCUGUGGUAGAGUCGGUAUCAGAGGAAGACAGUGCAUUCAUCAUGGAUGGUGGGCUGAGCAGCGAUACGUCUAGUGGGCCGAUCCGAAAUGAACCGUUUGACUUUGUGUGUCAGUCCGACAUGGCUGAUUCGGGAGUACCUUACACACCUCCACUGUCUGCUCCACAAGCUCACCUGAAUGAGACAGAAGAAUCCAUGCCAUCCUGGCUACAAGAGGAAUUACAGAAUGCUGAAGUAAUACCAAUAACACCAGGUGAUUCAACACACUCAGGAGGUAAAGCCUCAGUCCAUGUAGCAGUUCAGGAAGAGGCAUCUGUGAACGAGAGUGAAAUUCAACUAGAGCGGCUACCUGUAGAUGAACCUGAAGAUCCACAGACGAUUAUAUCAGAGCUGCAAGCUAAGAUCAGACAUUUAGAGGAAGAAAACAAAAAGUUGUGGAAUUUGGUGAGCUCACAGCAAGAGAAGAUAAACAGCUUACAACAGAAUAAAUGAAAGGUCAAAUAAGGGAUGAAAAGAAGAAUGACAAAAGCAUGCUAGUGGAAAAAAUUAUGCAUCUUCUGUUUGUGUAAUUCUCACCGUAGAGAGUCGGUGUAAACCCACUGUCUAUGUCUGGUACUGUCGUCUAGCUCAGUCCGCAGAGAGUAGGUGUAAACCCACUGUCUAUGUCUGGUACUGUCGUCUAGCUCAGUCCGCAGAGAGUAGGUGUAAACCCACUGUCUAUGUCUGGUACUGUCGUCUAGCUCAGUCCGCAGAGAGUAGGUGUAAACCCACUCCCACUGUCUAUGUCUGGUACUGUCGUCUAGCUCAGUCCACAGAGAAUAGGUGUAAACCCACUGUCUAUGUCUGGUACUGUCAUCUAGCUCAAUCCCCAGAGAGUAGGUGUAAACUCAUUGUCUAUGUCUGGUACUGCCGUCACAGGAGCGGGAUCUACCUCAGUCCGUAGAGUUCUGUCCUGUCUGUGAGAAAGUGCCUAUAAAAUAUUUUUGCUGCUAUGGGUAAAAUAUAGAGGAUUUUCGGUACAACUAGGAUUCAAAAUUAUCAAAUGUUUGACAUCCAAUAGCCAAUGAUUAAUCAAUCGACAUGUGAUGUCGUCGAAUAAAUCAAUAUUUACGUGUUAAUUUGGGUUCAUAUCCCAGGGCUAUAGCCUGAUCCAGAGGGUGUGUGGUGUUUUCCAACUUUCUCAAAUCAGCUUGGUGCGAUGGCUUAUCGGGAGGACAUGUGAGUGCCAUCGGUUCAUAGCCCACAACAGUGGGUGGGAAGGUCAUUGGUACAUCCAUUUUUUCAAUGGCAUACCCGUAGAUGUGAUUUCCCUGGCAUCUUGACAAACAAAUUGUGUGUAAUGUAGAGGAGAAAAGUUUAGAUUCAAAGGGAAAUACCAGAUUUUACAAGUCUGGCUGGAUCACUUGUAGGCAAAUGGUUCACCAUUGGUUGGAUGGGUGGAUUAUAAUUACCUUUUUAUGGAAUGAAGGUCAUGUUUUAUACCCUUGAAAUUAUUCUCAAAUGCAAAAACAAGACAUGCUGUUGGCCAUUUAUAAUGUAAUAAUUAAUAACAAUUUGUUGUUGUUGUGGGUGUGAUUUUUAAUGUCCAUAUCACCGAGUGUGUUAUAUUUGUCAGUAUCAUGCACAUAGACUGCCUGUAUUUAUUUUUAGGCACUGGUCAAAUAAAGAUAAUUUAAUUUGGAAUUAUUUAUUUGCAGUAUAUUUACUUUUAAUUUUGUGUAGAAAUGUUUAUGCUACAGCUAUAAUGAUGCACCUUGUUGAUCCAUUUUAUAAACCAUUUUGUGUUUCCAUUGUGUGUGUGUGUGUGUGUGUGUGUGUGUGUGAUGUGUUACCUUUUUUUUCAUGUCUAUUUAUUUUUGUUAUUCCAUUGUUAUUCCUAACAACACUAUUAUUCUAAUGUACCAUAUUUAAUAUAAAUAACAUAUGAUUUUUUAUUAUAUCAGGUGGCCUCCUGAAUAUGGAAUUGGCUAAAAGGUAUGUAAGUAAACAAAAAUGUGAUGGCAAAAGCUAAGUUUAUUUACGGCACUGCAGCAGCCGGGGACAAUAUUUUAAAAUCUCAAGUAACUGGAAAUCAGUUCAUGUGAGUUUUACUUAGGUAACCGAUUGUUCGGUGAAUAUAGUUCUCAGAACCAAUGUGUGAGGCUUACCUAAUCCUAAAGCACUUGAACUAUGGUUCUGUGCUACAUUGGUGGUUCUAAUGUAUUUAAAAACAUAAAUUGAUUUUCACUUUCAUUACUGAUAUAUGGUACUUUUAAUUUUAGAAUGUAAUUGUUCACCACAUAAUCGAUUGGCAGUUCUCGUGAUUUUAAAGUUGCGUAACCGACACACAAACAGAACAACGGUUCUUGUGAAAUAUUGUGCCCUGGGCACUAAAUGAACUAAAAGACAAAAUAAGUAAGAAAUGGGAAGAAAUCACACUGGAAGAAAUCAAGACGGUGGACACAUUGACCACAUUUUCAAAUAAACAAAAGUAGAUAACAUUUCACUUCGCUUUUGCCAUCACAUUUUUUACUUACAAUUUUAAAUCAGUUAUGAUUUUAACAAUAUUUGGCCUAAAAUUGUCACUGAAGAUGAAAAAUAUCCAUAUACAUAAUUAUAGUAAUGACUCAUUACUAAUGAGUGUCAAAUAUUAAAAUUACAGUCAAAAUUACCUUUUAGACAAUCCCACAUUGAUUAGGUGUUACAUUUGUUUACUUACAAUUUUGUUUCUGUUGCUAUUUUAACAAGAUUUGACACAUGGGUCUAAAAUUUUCACUGAAAGUGUCAAAUAUCCACAUAGUAAUGGGUGUGAAAUGUUAAAAUUAUAGUCCCUAUACAUGUACCUUAAAAUAAUUAUAUAUUCAGUAGGGUCAUCGGGGGGGUGGGGGGGGGGGGGGUGCAUCCGAUAUAUAAUUACCUUCGUGUGACAGCUCUACAGAAUAUAUUUUAUUCGCCUUUGUAAAAAUGUACUGUGAAUGUUAUGAAAUUAUGCUCACAAUCUGAAUAUGUAGAGGAUGUUAAUUUACUCAUUAGCAUAUUACUGUGAUAUUACAUGUUAUUAUUUUAUGGAAAUGUUUUAUGACAAAUAAAAAUAUUGAAGACAAA